AUGCCGGCCAUCAGGUGUCUCGCGUUCGUCGUCGCGUGCGUUAACUUCCUCGGGAUCGCCCUUGCGGACACCGCAGUCGAUGUGCCGAGAACUUUGUCAAGGUCUAAAAGAUACCUGGUCUUCCCGGAGGGUAGCAAUGUACAGCUAGUUUGGUGUUUGACGGUGGGAGCGCUCGGUGAAGAGGAGGCAGCGGUUUUAGGAAUGACGGCUGCGUUGGCGUGGGAGUUGCCGAGCAAAGCAGAGCCGAAGCUAUCGGAACUGCUUCAUCGCAGUAGCAGAAGCGUCGUGUUCCCGAAAAUAGAGGCUUUGCUACAAUCGUUGCCUGAGGAGGGCCGUUUCGAGCGAUCCGAGGAUCAAGCUUACGAGGACGCGUACCGUAGCAGGUCGAACUGCGGACAGCUCUACCCGAGCUGCCGGCAUUCCAUCUACGAGCUCGAGUUCUGA